AUGCGAAAUCCCAAUUAUCGAAUCGUAGGCGUCACGCAACUUCUUGAGGCGAAUGAUGCGGAAAUGACUGCUCCCUCUUUCUUCUUCGUUUGUAGGCAGAAACGCUUCGGAGCAGUCGUGGAUGUUGACGACGGCGGCCGCUUCAGCGAAUACGAUAACCGGCAAGUCCCGUUUAAGGCUAUUGCUUUCCUUCACCGAGACUAUUGUCGUCCAUCGCCAACACACUGCAUUGGCGUUGAGUCAAAAUGUGCAAACAGAAAGAAAGUCUUCAGUAAUGAUCUCACACUUGCAGGUAGUGCCGCACCGCCGAUCAAGCGUGCACCUACUUCCAAGAUUUGCAUCGCCCACGGGACAUGCAGGUUUUUCGAUGCAGCAGCAUCCUUCGGUCCCGGAGUGCGUGGCCCGGGCGGGCUUGCCAACGGCAAGAUCUUCAUCGCAACGACUGUCUAUGCUUUCGAUACUGUCGAUCACGCGGCACCGGGACGCCGACAUGCUCCACCCGCAGCCUCUCCCGCUGCGGGUCCUCCACGGCCGGAACUCGAGUUGAAGGCUGAGCCUUUAUCGUUCGAGCGAUCGGUCGCCACCGGUUAUCAAACAGCACUGCCUCGGCUGAGCAACUUGUGGAUCGGAGACGAAGUCGAAUCGAAGAAGCAAAGACGAAUCAACAGCCGACGUUCGACAGAACCGCCGUGGCACGAGAACACCUCAUCUUCAGAGCUCAGAGCAGCUUUGCGCUGCUACUUCCACCGCUCAGAGGACAAGCUGAUGGAAAUUGGAAGCCUAUCUGGAGGGGAUCUGAUCUUGCUGCUUGGCCCCGGUCCAGCCGGCCUCUUUUUUGAUUGGCUGUAUCAAAGAGGCGGGUCGAUGCAGCGCGAGCGGUAUAUGCACGUGACGGGAGGCUUGGUCCAGACCAUGGUUACGGGAAAGUCUUGUGGCAGGAGUCUAUUCCGAAGAGCAUCCACGAAUAUGUUCAAUGUUGCAUUCCCAUUAGGCAAGUCCCUCAUUGUUGUUGUUGCAUGGGUAGCCUUGGGCUGUAAGGGACGAGUCACGGCGAAGUUCUAUCCGUACCUGCUCUAUCAUUUUGUGAGGCUUGCAGUGGACUCGGCGACGCGACGGCCCCGCGAGCAGAUGUUUGUGCUUUUGCAGUUUGGCUGGUCCGGAGUCUUUUCCGUCCAGGAUCCAAUCAGAUGCCAUCAAAAACAGCGCCGUCGAGCAGUUGCCCAAAUUGCCAGCGCAGGCAUCGCGGGGCCCUUUUUUUGGAGUACUGUUACAGUGGUACUGAACAAAGCCCGCCGCCCAGCAUCAGUCCCAGUACCCCAUUCCUUGUUGCAGCUCGUAACCACAGAUUUGCAGAACAAGACGGUAAUCCGUCAAAACAAAGAGAACAAGAGAAAAAGCAGGAUCGAGAGAAUGAUGGCUUUUGCCAAUGGACAACGUGGAGUGCCUUCCGUCGUGACGUAUGUGACGCCAUUAAAUCGGGCCAAAGUGGCAAUUCGGGCAUUGGGGGGGGAGAUGUUGGAUGGCACUAUGCCAAUUUCGGCCAAGGUUUUGCACAAGUACAUCUCAAAGUAUUCGCACUGUAAUGAAGAGCCAAUAAGAGAGCCUGGAGAGCACCCCGAUACGGAGCAGGCUCCACCAUGGGUCUGGACCUGGCCAGUGGCCUUGUCAAUCGCUCACCUCAACCUUCCUUCUCUGCUCGCCCGGCGGCCCGUGUCGUGCUUUCUUGCUGCUCUGGCAGGAGCAUUCUGCUCGUGUCUUGCGUGCCUGCUCUCUACCUUCUCUGAGGUCAACCACUUACCUCACCCAUCCCGCGUCAAUCGCCACCAUUUGCCUUGGUUCUAUUCCAUGCUUGACUUCCUCUGCCAACCUCUUCCCGCAAUCUUGAACUGGGGGAGAUCGAUCUGCGGCGAGUUCUUCCUACGCCUAGCCCUUGGAGAGAGAGAGAGAGAGAGGGCGCGACCUGAACGAUACAUCAUUUUCAACGUCCAGCGCAUCGUCAUUUUCAUCGCAAUCUUCACGUUUGCCAUCUUCUCAUUUGCCAUAUUCCUUUCCACUACUCCUCCCACCUCCGCCCGCCAUGUUCUAGACAGGCUCCGACAUUUGCGACGUUCCUCUCCCAACAAGCAAUCAUCUGCGGUGACCGCUCCCUACCUCCUUACCUUCCAUAGGGUUAUGCUCUAUACACCUCUUGGAUGCAUGCCCACGAAGGCCUUCUUGAGCCAGCCCAUCAUGUUCUUCGUUCCCCCCCUGCCUUCCUUGAUAGCCACAGACAAGUGCAUCUCGGUCAAUAACAUCUCGCCCGCGGAUAUCAAGGCGUGCUUCGACCCAUAUUGCGCAACCAAGUAG